AUGCCGAAACGAAAGCGCACCGUCGCAGAAACAGUACAGAACAAAUUAGAGAAGUACCGAAUAGAUAUUUUCAGAGCAUUGAGUUCAGCAAAAGUCCAUGAGCGGAAGCGCUUCAGUAACAAGCUGCACGAGCCCGGAAUCACAGUCGCGAAGAAGACGAGGCUAGAACGCGAAUAUGCCGUGUUGAAAGCUCUUGAUCUGCGACAGACGGCGCGACACCACCUGCACUCGAACCUUCUCCGAAUCAAGGCCAUCGAGACAUCGAAUGAUAUCCCAGAGGAGCUCCGCGCCGAAGUACCGCGGCCUGCUCUUUCACCAGAAGAAAUCUCUCUCCGGAAUAAUGUCAUAAGCAUACUCUGCAAUGCAGGCCCUGCGCGACAAGCUUUAGAUCGUGCUAUUGCCGACAUUUGCGAAACUCUGGGUGUUGCCGUUCCAACCAAGUCCAAGCGUGUCAGGAACAAGAGAAAGGAUACGGAGGAACAGCCCGCAGACAGGGAGGAUGGUGAGGAUGACGAGGAUGAUGAAGAGGGUGUGAAACCUUCUGCCAAGUCCGCAAAGAAGCCAGAGGCCAUGGAUGAGGAAGCUGCCGACGAGUCUGAGUUCGAAGGGUUUAGUUCCGAUGCUGAUGAGCCUCGGCCAACGAUUGAGGAUCUUGAGGGGUCGGAUCAGGAGAAUGCAUUGUCAAAGUAUGCUGAUCUACUGGGUGGAUCAUCUGACGAGAGCGAGGAUGAAUUUGAUGAGGAGUUACUGGCGAAAUACCGAGGCACAGAAAAGGUCAAUCUGGACGACAUAUCGAUAUCUGGAUCAGGCUCCGAGGAGGAAGGUGACGACGAGGAAGAAGAACUAGAAUCCAUCACUGGCUCACGGUCACCGUCGCCAUUGCCAACAAAAAAGUCAAAGAAAUCACAAGCUGCCAAGGCUGCAGCUAAAACAGCUCGAUCGGGAGAUUCCACCUUUCUUCUUACUCUCAUGGGAGGCUACAUUUCUGGAUCCGAGUCGGCGUCCGAUAUCGAGGCCCCGCCUAAGAAGCGUCGCGGUCAGCGAGCCCGCCAGGCCAUCUGGGAGAAGAAGUAUGGUGCCAACGCAAAGCAUCUUCAAAAGGCAGCUACCAAGGGUGGCAGAGACGCUGGAUGGGACAUGAAGCGUGGUGCUGUUGGUCCAGAGGACCAGGGUAGGGGGAAGCCGUGGAAGAGAGGCAGCCGACCAACAGGGGGUGACUCUAGAGGCUAUUCACAGGGCCGAGGAGGACAUGCUCCUGAACAAAAUAGACCCCCUCCCAAGCCGACGAAGAAGGACAACGAAGGGCCGCUGCAUCCCAGUUGGGAGGCGCGUAAGAAGGCAAAGGAGGCACAGAAGAGUGUUGCGUUUACCGGCCAAAAGGUUGUGUUUGAUUAA